CUUGAGGGUUUGGAUAUCAGUCAAGAGUCAUAUUCUACGUCCAGUAGUUUUAGUUCAUACAGUUUAAAUUUUAGAAUUUUUUUGUCUGUUUUUUUUUCAGACGAAUGAGAGGCAGAGGUCGUGGAUGGAGGGGGAGGGGAUUCAGAGGACGACAUCAACCGCGUCCAGCGAACUGGAAGACUCCAGAGAACCCCAAACCCCUCAACCAGGUAUCCCAGGAGGGGGAUCCAUUAGGAGUCUUGGCCAGUGGUGACCAUGAUUCAGACAAAGAGGACAAAGACCGGAAGGCCCUGGUUGUGGCCCCUAAACAGAUGAGCUCGGCUCUUGGCUCCCUGAUGUCCAACUACGGCUCCAUGAGUGAGAGUGAAAGUGGUGAUGAACCAGAGG